AGUGGAGAGAGACUGGAUAUUCUUCUGUGCUACAAUCAGCUCCACCCAGUGCCUCUGCUCCUCACUAAUACUGAGACAUGAUUGGAGCAGAGAGACUCAUCCUCAUUGGCUGCCUGCUGCAAGGAGCCCUGGGCGGAGAUUGGGCAGUCUGGAUGCCUCAGAGUAUAAAAGCUCUGAAUGGAUCCUGUGUGCUGAUUCCUUGCAGAUUUGAUAUCCUGUCUCAAUGGGAAAAAGAUCUGGGACAGACUUCAGUGCAGUGGUUUAGAGAAAAAGAUAAUACUGUAGUGUUUGAUUCUAAAAGCCAAGCUGAAUCUCAUCUGCAAGGAACGUUCAGUGGAGACCUGCUGCAGAAGAACUGCACGACACUCCUAUUUCCAAAACGUGCUCAUGAUAAAUAUUACUUAAGAUUAGAAGAACCCAUCAAAUGGACUUAUACAAAAACAUUUGUUGAACUUAAUAUCACAGACUCUCCACCCAAACCCAAGUUAACCACAGAGAAGGUGGAGGUGAUGGAGGGGACCUCUGUGAGUUUGAGCUGCUCUGCUGCAGCCCCCUGUCCCAAACUCCCCCCAAAUCUGACAUGGACCCCCAGGCUGAGUGACAGUGUGGAUCAACUGCAAGAGAAUGAGGAUAAUACCACAUCUGUGUCUUCUGUUCUGACUUUUACUGCUUCCCACCUCCACCAUGAGCAGAAGAUCACCUGCAGGGCACUUUACACACUGCAACAAGGAGGCAAUCAGACGUCUGAGGCCAGUCUGACUCUCAAAGUCCGAUAUCCUCCUAAGAAGACCUCAGUGUCAGUCAGUCCCUCUGGUUCAGUGUUAGAGGGCAGCUCAGUGACUCUGACCUGCAGCAGUAAAGCCAGCCCACCAGUGCAGAACUACACCUGGUACAGAGUGAAUGGGACAGAGAUGAACACUGUAGGAACUGGACAGAAUCUCACCUUCAAUGUGACUGAGUCCAGUGGCAGUGAACAGUACUACUGUGAAGCACAGAAUGAACAUGGCAAGGAGAACUCAACAACUGUGCAGCUUGAAGUUUAUUUUCCUCCUAAGAACACCUCAGUGUCUGUCAGUCCCUCUGGUUCAGUGUUAGAGGGCAGCUCAGUGACUCUGACCUGCAGCAGUAAAGCCAGCCCACCAGUGCAGAACUACACCUGGUACAGAGUGAAUGGGCCAGAGAUGAACACUGUAGGAACUGGACAGAAUCUCACCUUCAAUGUGACUGAGUCCAGUGGCAGUGAACAGUACUACUGUGAAGCACAGAAUGAACAUGGCAAGGAGAACUCAACAACUGUACUGCUGAAUGUGAUAUACAUGCCUCAGAUCUCUGGCUCUGGGAGCUGCAGCAGAACUGCAGCAGAGAUCAGCUGCUCCUGUGAGAGCCGUGGGAAUCCCUCUCCCAGCAUGGAGUGGCAUGUGUCUGGACUGCGGGUCACUAACUCUACUGACAGUGUCAUCAGGGAGGAGCAGCUGGGGAACACAGGCCUGAGGAGCUCCCUCACCAUGCGCCACUCACAGGGAGACACGGCCACUCUCCUCUGCCUCAGUACCAACGCUCUCGGCACCUCCAGGCUCCAGCUCUGUGUCCCGUCUCCACAGCAACAAUCAGAUUACAGCAUUCCCUCACUGCUGAUUGGUGCAGCUGCUGGUGCCGGUGCCAUGAUGUGUAUUUGCCUCAUAAUGCAGCUCGUUCUAAAGAAAAAGAGACACAGCCAGGGUCCUGGAAAUCGAAUGAAGGACACUGAAGGGCUUAUACUGACUGAUGGGAAGGCUGCUCAAGAUGAGGAGUUGCUCUACGCCAGCUCAGAAGCCGUGGGAAAGGGGAACGGGACCUCCCUACACUACGCCAGCGUGGAUUUCUCCAAACUCCGCAGCACGGGUGGCAAUCAAGGAACAGGUGUUAUCCGGGGCAGUUCCCAACGGACUUCCGACUACGCCGUGAUCCGGCACAGAGCCAGAGAAGAAGGUGAGGAGGUGCAGGUGGAGGUGGAGGUGGAGGUGGAGAAGGAGGGACCGGCUGAGCUGGGAGCAGAGAGGGAGACAGCCGAGGUGAGGGGCGGGCCGGAGGGGGAGUGUUCGCCGAAUGUGAACCAGCAGCCCUCCAUCAACCCUGACCCCGUGGAGGAGGCCACCUACGGGAACAUCUGUCGCUCCAGGCCCACUAAGAGGGCACAGCAGGGGCAGCAGGAGACACCCAGGAACCCUGCUCCAGAGGAGGAGGAGCAGAGAGAGGAGGGGCAGGAGGACAUGUACGUGGAUCUCAUGAGCCCCCUGACGGAGGGAGGUGGAAAGGGAGUGGAGGAGAGUGAGUACGCCGAGGUCAGGAAGCUCCAGUGACACGCCACGGAGUUAGCCCGAGCCAUCGCACCCUGCUAUGCAAUUGUAAUGCCAGAAUAUUUACUUCACAGCAUGCUACAAAACAGAUGUUAUAUUUCAGUAUGGCACAUGAUAUUAUGUUGUCAUACUGAAGUAGAAUGACUUUUUCACAAUCUGGCUGAUUACUGUAUUAACCUUUAGUGAGGAUCAUGCAGUGCGUAACAACAAAACAUACAUACUGCAACAGCUACGUAACGCUAUGAUAUGUUACAAUAUGUCACAUUACGUUAAAUUAGCAUACAGAAGAGAGUUUUUGCCUUUUUAAAGUAAUUAUUACUUGUUCUCAAACUUAGUCCUGGGUGGUAUGCUGGUUUUCGUUGCAACCACAAUCGCAAUCCCAGAAUUGUAACAAUCUGUUAACUUCUUUAAAUGACAUAGCCUACUUAUUCCUCAUACGCAUAUUGUGCUUAUGAUGGUAUAUUGAAAAUAACUACAUAAAAAGAGGUGACAUAACUUCAGCUGAUCAAAUGAAACACUUCAUUAUCUAUCAAAUGGUUUGUUUUUAUGGCCAGGGGUCCACUAGGAACCUACAGAUUCGCUUGUCUUUGUUUAUGUAUAGAAUGUAGAAUGCAUAGCCAUAAUCUGACUCUAUUCCCUCUAAGCAUUACAAGUACCGUACCUAAUUUAGAGAAGUUAAUAGCUUCUUAAAAUUCUGGGAUUGUGGUUGUACCGGCAUACAAUGGCAGCCCACCAGGACCAAAUUUGAGAGCCACUGCUUGAGCAUAUAAUAGUUUUUGGCAGUAGUUUCCUUUGCUGUACAAUACAAUACAAUACAAUACAAUGUCACUUUGUCAUUGUAAGGCGGAAAUUAUUCAAAUCUGGUAUUUUAAUCACUCAGUGCACUGGUGUGCUUGCUGGCUUCCUCUGAUAUGGUGGCAAUAUGUGGCUGUAAAGUAAUUUAACCCCAGGAGCACCCAUACGGGCAGGAGCCUGUGGGGGAAAAACAUAUGCCGUGUUCCCAACAGCUGUCCUCCUGAACCCCCUGUAAAUCCCCCUCCUCUCACAUUUCUAUCAUGGUGCGACAUCCUUUACGGCACGGGAAGGUUUGAGAAAGCACUGCCUGCUGGGCCCAGACAUUAUUCUCUUGGACCCCCCUUCAUUACUCCCUCCCUCUCACAUCUCCCUCAUUCACUGAAAUCAUGCAUAAAGCAUUGGAUGUUUCAUGGAAAAGCCAGUUUAGAUAAUAUUCAUGUUUGGUAUUAUUCUGAUUGUUUCAGUGUGACUGGUGCAAUGGUCUAAUUUCUGCAACAGCAAACCAUCCAGGAACCAAGGGGAAACUGUGUGUCCCGGUGAAAGCCAUGUGCCUCAAACCCCCUGAUCAAAUCUUACUGCCUGGGGUAGCCUGGCUCCAAAUUCUGAAUGGUUAUAAACGCCAGAUGGUUCAUUGCGGACCAAUUUGAAUGGUCAACAUCAAAGGCCUGAUUUUGGAUUUAAGGAGACCAAACAAAGCAAUCUGGGAGGAUGCAAUCAGACUCCCGUGCACACCAUGCACGUCACUUCUAUGUACAGGGUGUCUGCAGCCAGACCCCCAUAUGUAGCUUUUGUUACCAGGUAUGUCUUUUAAGACUCCAGGAUUUGGUUUCUUUUGUAAUACUUUUAUGUAUAUUUUAUUUGUAAUUGAAUGUGAUUAAGUACGUAACCUGCCUGGUAAAAUAAAUGGUUAUUCUUGAUUUGUGUGGGUUCCCUUACAGACACUCACUGUUAUAGGCAGAGUGGUACUACAGUUUUUUUGUAUUAGCUAUUGUAUUGUUGUACUCAGGGUAUUCUAGCUGCCAACUGUGGAAUACUAGUUUGGAAGUUGAUGUAUUCUUCAAGGUUUCCGAUUAUAUCUGUACGGUUACACUAGGACUCGGAACUGUACUGUCCUCUCAGGUCCUCUUCGUACUUGUGUUUGGAUCUGCACUUUGUUGUACGUCGCUCUGGAUAAGAGCGUCUGCUAAAUGCCUUGUAAUGUAA